UUGGCUUUCAAACGGACUUUUUACGGACGUUCCAUAUACGCGACUGGCAAUUAAUAGGACUCCGACAAUUACUGCAAUCACGACGACCUGGCUUGGAUUUGGACUCUCGAAAAUUCGUGACGAUUUGUAUACGCCGAAGGGUUUUGAAAACAGAAGUGCUGCAGAAGAAUGCCACCCACGUGUUCGUAUUACCAAUGUAAGACCAUGAUCGGUCAGAAGUCGAUGUUCCACUUCCCAACUGGCGACAGUGCUCGAUUGCAAACUUGGAUUGACAAUUGUGGUAACAUGACCAUUGCCCACUUGUCUCGAAAUGCUCUUGGACACAAAUAUAUCUGCAUUGAUCAUUUCGAAAAGCGGUUCAUUCAAAAGGAAGAUGGUAUACGUAAAAGAUUGAAUAAGUUAGCCGUACCUGUCCAUUACAAAGGAGAUCAAUCGACAGAGAACUUCCCAGACUCACCAGUUGCAUCAACAUCAGAAGGCCAAGGACCGACAGAAUUUAAAGUAUUAACACCAAAAAAAGUUUACCCUGGUGUUAAAAAUCGUGAAGAAAAUGAGGACGAAGGCGAUUUAUAUGACACAGAACUAUUUACGACACCGAAAAAACGCAAGCGACCAGCCGAUAGCGACACACCGAAUUGUAAAAGAUUAAAAACUGCUAUUGAAGAUACCAAAAAAAUGUUGAAGAAGGAAAGAAUGAAGUAUAGAAGAUUGCAGAAAAAAAUCCAAAAUAAGAAAUUCAUAAAUUUAAGUGCUACUAAGUUUAAAAGUGAUGCAUCGAAGGUGUUGACGCAGAUGCAGUUAAGAAAAAGCAAUAAGCAACAGUGGACCGAGGCCGAAAAAAAAUUUUGUAUGUCACUUUUUUACAAAUCCCCAGCCGCAUAUAAUCAUUUGAGAAAGCAAGGUGUAGUACUAGCUGCUCCGACCACCAUCCAGAAGUGGUUACAAGCCACCGAUUGUUUACCCGGACUAAACGAUGAUAUAUUUGAAAAUAUUAGGAAUAAGUUUGCUGAUUCAUCAAUUAAAGACAAAGCAUGCGCUGUAUGUUUCGAUGAAAUGAGCAUUAAGGUUGAUUUAGAUUAUACAAUGAAAUUUGAUAUGAUUGAAGGUUUUGAAGAUUUUGGUGAAGGUGACCGUUCCCCCAAAGUUGCCCAGCGUGCACUGGUGUUUGUUGCCAGAGGAAUUUACACUAAAUGGAAAAUCCCUCUGGCAUAUUUUCUCUCGAACAAACCCGUUGCUGCUGAUAUUUUGAUUAAUUUGAUUAGAUCUCGCUCCUACUAUGCUAAGACAGUAGAUCAGAGAGAGAGGACACUGGAGAGCCCUGAGGAGGUACUGCCAGAAUCAGGUCAGUGGCUACACCCGUAUCCCUCGCCUAACACCGGCACCUUUAUAGACCCAGAGACGCUUCGCAUAGCCGCUGGUCUCCGGCUAGGUGUUGCUGUCUGUGCCGACCACAACUGCGCCUCAUGUGGAUCUGAAGUGGAUAGCCUCGGCCACCACGGGCUCGCCUGCUCUUCAGGUGCCGGUCGCCUGUCUCGCCAUUCCGCCCUCAAUGACAUCCUGAGAAGGGCGCUUGUCAGUGCCGGCGUUCCCGCCGCUCUGGAGCCCCAAAUAGUGCGGAACGACGAUCGUGAGAUGAAUAAUUUGUAG